AUGAAUAAAUAUAGUAAAGAAGCUAAUAUAAUUUAUAAUACUGGAAGUAAGAAACAAAAAGAAGAAGUCGCGCAGAGGGCGCUAGAUGAAGAAAAUGAAAUUGACGACGAGGAGGAAUCAGAAUCUCCAUUGGAAGAAGUGACAGACGCCCUUUAUAAAAAGGGAGUGAAGUUUCUGAUGGAGCACGAUUUAAAACUAACAUUACCUGAGCUUUUCUUCCAUGGAACUACCUUAAAAGUCUCUCCAAGGGCUUUAACCAAGACAGGGGCGUUAGUACAUAUAGAUUUAGAACCGAAAGUAGAUGCCGUUGGACAAGGAAGAUUAUUUUUUCAAAAGAUAAAAAAGUACAUAAAAAAGAAACUAGUGAUGGCUGCCCUAGCAAUUAUAUUGGUGGUAAAGUUGAUAGCUUUGAAGUUAAUAUUCGUCCUGCCAUUGAUUCUGGGAGUGACAACCGCUAAGAAGAUGUUCCUGAAAUUCUUACUGUUCCUGUUCCCAGCUUUGAGCCACAUAUUUAAACUUUGCUCGUGGUAUCACCAGAAUUACCAUACAACCAAAUAUCAUCACCAUCAUCACUUAAUCACGCAUCAUCAUCAUAAGGCACCUUAUGCUCCAGCGUAUAGUCACCCAUCGCAUUCGGGCUCUGUUGUCGUUGUUAAGCCUCACGCUGAACAUCAACAAACACUGGAUUAUAAUAAUCAAGACUGGGAGCUCUCUGGUCCUGGACUUGGCAGCGAGUAUAUAGGAUCGGAUAUACAUCGCAAUGCCAUAGCUGGCUUUAAGCCCCAUGCAAACGACAUCAACGACAUCAACGCUUGGGGCCUUGGACUUCCACCAGGUCAAUCGCUAAACGUCGGUGAAUACGCAAGCAGUAACAAUAUCGUACCUAACGUGAUUCCCGCGCCUAAUCCUGGACAUCAGUUAUCAGCAGGCAGCUCGGGAAGGCCGGUUGGACCUCCAAACCCUUACUACAGAAAUAAGAAAGCAACAGCGAGAGACCCAGAGAAAGAAGCACUAAUCCGCGCAGCAUCUCUGGCAGCUCGAGCCCCUGCAUCACCCGUCAGAGAUGAGAUAAUACGAGUAUCACAAGCUAAACUGACUGAAACCAAUCGAGUUAAAGCGGAAACGGAAUUAGUGCGGCAACAGCAGGAAAUCCUCGCAGCACAAGAUCCUGAUACUAUAGCUGCGGAGAAAUUCUACGGUGCUCUAUUAGAGAAGGUGGAUGCAAUAUUGGUUCCAAUAGGUGCAUCGGGUGUUGGAUGUAAGGAACGAGCUGUAUGUGCAUUAUACAAAGAUCCCUUCAAGCAUUCACCGUACAGUAAUCUAGUUUCUAAUGAGCUUAGCAAAGAUUCCAGUGAGCUAGUACCGCCAGCUGACAGCAAGAUGGCGCUCCGAUAUUAUAGAUAUGUUCAAGCUGCUAGAGACGGGCAAGAAGAAAGGGAUUGCGUUGCUCUAUAUCCUCAUUGCAACAUAGAUUAUAAUAAAAAAUAA